AUGCGUAGUGUUCUUCUCGCUGGCUUCUUUGGCCGUUUUCGCCCGUCCUCCGCGGCCUACCUCGCCCAUCCUGACAACUCACCAAAACGCGCCAUCUGCGACGACCAGCUCGCCUGCUGCUUCAAGAACCACAAGGCCUCCGCCGUUGCGUACUGCUCUUCCCUUCCCACGGCCACAAGUAUCAAAGUAAGCUUCGUGACCGUGACCGUGACCGUGACCUCCACGGCCAAGCCGCCUGUCAACACUGCCGCGGCCAUUUCGCCGUCAGCGUACUGCCCUCCAAAGCCCAAGUUCUCACGUGCUCAGGGCGAUCGGCCUCUGCUCUAUCUUUCGGCCUGCAUCUGCGUCGGCGUGCCUCGGAAGACCAUUAUGAAGGCGGCGACCUCUACCAAGACUGAGGUUUGCGUGCGUCCUCCUCGCGCUUCGUCACCAACUCGCACGUCAACGACGACAACAAGCUCUUCUACCAGCACCAGCACAACCAGCACAACCAGCAGCACAACCAGCAGCACAACCACUUCCGUAUUGCCAACACCCUCCGAUAUGAGUACAGACUACAUCAAUGCUGCCCUCGUACAUCACAACAUCCAUCGGGUCAACCACUCAGCACCGGACGUCAUCUGGGACCCCACACUCUACCUGAAUGCCAAGGCCGUGGCCCAGACUUGCACCUAUGCAUACACCAACCCAUUUAUCGACGAUGCCCCGGCGGGACAAAAUAUUGGUGCAGGCUAUCCCGCCACGGUGGCCGGGAUCGGCGCGUUAAUCACGGGGGACUUCUACUACGCCCAAGUCAACAACUACGCGCCAUACUACGGCCAAGCCAAUCCUGGCGGUGACUUUAGCACCUAUUCACAAUUCACGCAGCUGGUGUGGUACAAUACCAUGAGGAUCGGUUGCUAUACCAUGGACUGCUCGGCUACAGGUAUUCAGGGCGCGCCAGGCGGCAGGGCUCCGUUUUUCACCGUCUGCGACUAUAGCCCGGCUGGCAACUAUGUAGGGCAGUUCGCCGGCAAUGUCCUGCCGCCCAUUGGCAACUCUCCUGUGGACGGACACUAUCCCAACUAA